AUGAAAAAGAAAUACAAAACCAAAUUCCCCGUGGCUCGCAUCAAGAAGAUCAUGCAGCUCGAUGAAGAUGUCGGCAAGGUGGCCCAGGCAACUCCUGUAUUGAUUUCCAAAGCACUGGAGUUGUUUAUGCAGUCUUUGAUCGACCAGGCUUGCCAGGAGACCAGACAACGCAAUGCUAAACGCUUAUCCGCAGCUCAUUUGAAAAAGACCAUUGAGACCGUUGAGCAAUUCGAUUUCUUAAAGGACAUGGUAGCCAGUAUUCCCGAUCCAACAGAAGCUAUGGAAGAGGAUCCUAAACCCACACGGAGGCGCACCGCCAAAUCUGCAAAGCAACAACAACCACAACAAGAAGCUGUUGAUACCACACAACAACCCGGUCAAGAAGAAACAUGA